CUCCCUCUCUCUCUCUCUCUCUCUCUCUCCCUAUCCUCUUCCGCCCCAAGACGAUACACACACAAGAAACCCUAAUUCGCGCACGGGUACCCGCUCCCAAUGGGGAGGGGAGCGAUUAGAUCGAGGCGGAAAGGUAUUUGAUCUUGUUUUUUUCUCCUCUAAUUUCUAGUAAGGAUCGGGGAUCGGGGAUCUGCGGUUUCUUCGAACCAUUCUAUUUCAGGUUGGGGUUUGGACUUGUAGGGAUGCGAUUCUUGGAGUAGAAGAAGCUAGGGAUUCAUUCGAGGUGUGGAGGUUCUUGUCGCUUCCUUCGUGGUGCAAUCCUCUGUUUCUUCUUCCUUAGAUCUGUUCUUUUCUGGGAAUUUUUGGCGAUUUUUUGCUUAGAUGGGUUGGUUCUGAGAUUGUGAAAGAUUUGGUGUUUAGCUCAUACGUCGGCAUUCCUUUCGAUGAUAAAUGAUGGAGAACGGUGUUUCCUGGGUCACUGUGUUCAUCUUAUAUCACAUUGUCUCGGCUGGUCGGAGGUUCUGAAGGAGAGUUAGUUUCUUCUUGUAUGUAUAAAUGAUUUCUAGGGCAGUUAGCAGAGUUGUAAAUUGAAAAGAAUGUUUGGAGUACUUUAACAAGGAAUCAAGGUGUUUGUAAGGAAACAAAGUAUGCCCGAGUGGUAUUGUUGUGUAAAACGUAGCAUUCUUGUCAAUCUCCCUGAGUCCAUUUGAUGGAAAGUUCCCAUCAGGUUAGCCCUGAUGGGGAUGCCCAAAAAGGGCUGGAGAAACUUGGCCACCAAAUGUGCAAUGAGCAAAAGGAAGUUCAGGAUGGCAUUGUCCGAGAGUGCGGCAAGCUCCCAGUCCCAGAAGAGGGUGAAUCAAGGAUUAAUGAGGCAGAGGAUGUAAAGAAUGAUCAUGAAGGUUGUUUGCAACAGGAGCAGCAGCAGCAGCAGCAACAACUAGGGCCAAUCAUUCGGUGGGAGAGGUUUUUGCCAAUCAAAUCGAUCAGGAUUUUGCUUGUGGAGAAUGAUGACUCCACUCGCCAUGUGGUCAGCGCAUUGCUCCGCAUUUGCGGAUAUGAAGUUAGCGCUGCUGCAAAUGGUCUACAAGCAUGGAAAAUUUUAGAAGAUUUGACAAAUCAUGUUGACCUUGUCUUGACGGAGGUAGUCAUGCCGUAUCUAUCUGGAAUUGGUCUUCUAAGCAAGAUUAUGAGUCACAAAACAUGCAGGAAUAUUCCUGUGAUCAUGAUGUCAUCAAAUGAUUCUAUGGGAAUAGUAUUUAAAUGUUUGUCAAAAGGAGCAGUUGACUUUUUAGUGAAGCCUGUCCGAAAGAACGAGCUUAAGAACCUCUGGCAGCAUGUCUGGAGGAGAUGCCACAGUUCUAGUGGUAGUGGUAGUGGAAGUGAAAGUGGCAAUCAAACUCAAAGUUCGUCAGAGCAACAGAGUGCUAAUAAUGCCGACUAUUGCGACAGCGAGGAUGAUGACAAUGAGAGCAUUAAGUUGAACACAAGGGAUGGCAGCGACAAUGGUAGUGGAACUCAGAGUUCCUAUACAAAACAAAGUGUGGGCAUUGAUAGUCGCCAAGCUAUCUCUCCAUCAGAUCCGUUAACUGAUCCACCGAAUAGCACCUGCGCACAAGUUCUUCAGCCAAAUUCGGAAAUAUUCUCUAAAGAAUUGGGGAAUAUGGCUAUGGAUAGGAGUUGCCAAGCGCAAAAUGAAUCCACUGAUGAGUCAACGGGCAAGGACUUGGGAAUAGAAAUAUCCAGGAAUUCGAAUAUGCAGUGUGAGUCCAAUCCAACCGAAAUAAAGAAUGAGGGUGUGGUAGGAGUUGAUCCCUCCAAUACAUUUGAGGAUCCAACUGUCCAUGCAGCUGAUUUGAUUGCGCCAAUAGCAGGGAAUAAAGAUACUCAACAGGCAGCUGGAGUUACAAAUGCCCCUAGUGACUCUUCCAACAUCUCAAAGAGUCGAGAUGAUAUUUACCAAGGUUUCAUAGAUUCUAGUCUGAAAAGGUUGAGAUCAACUGGAGAAAAUGCAAUUUCCACUCAAGACUCUCGUAAUGGUCUGAAACAUUCUGAUUCAUCAGCUUUCACAAGGUAUCAUAACUCUGCCACUUCAAAUAAACCUCUGAGCGGAUGCGGUGGAAGCUGUUCACCAUUCGAUAACGGCUCAGAGGCUUGGAAGAUGGAGUUAACCCACAAUAUGUUAUCCAAGUCAAAUGCUCCUUUUGAGCAUGGUUCAAAUGGCAGUAGAAGCAACAACAAUGACUUGGUAUCCACUACCAAGAAUGUAAUCACUGACGCUCCUACGCAAAUUGGUGCAUCGGCUACCACCCAAGAUACACAAAGAAAAACUGAUCGCUGUUCAUCCAUUAAGAACAUGAUGGAAGCAAAAACUCUACAAUGUGGGCCAUCCAACGUGUUUGCUAAGCCAUUAGGAGGUACUGCUACCAAGCAUAGCUUGCAUGGGAGCAACUCAGGCAGUAACUUUGGGAGCAAUGGGCAGAAUGGAGGCAGCACUGCUGUCAAUGCGGGGGGAAUUGAUAUGGAGAGUGCUAAUGGCAUUGUUGGAGGUGACAAUGGAAGUGGAAGUGGGAGAGGUAGCGGCAGCGGAACGGAUCAGAAUCAGCUAACUCAGAGAGAGGCAGCACUUAACAAAUUUAGGCAGAAAAGAAAAGAGAGGAACUUUGGAAAGAAGGUGCGCUAUCAAAGCAGGAAGAGGUUGGCGGAGCAGCGGCCACGCUUACAUGGACAAUUUGUACGGCAAAACAUGCAUGGACAAACUAGCAAAGAUACAGAGUGAUGAUGCACAUAAAAUGCGCCUGGUGUAUUGCAGCAAAUAUUGACAAGUAGGUAACUGAUUUCGUACUCGGGACCGUCUGAUUCAGUGAAGUAGGAUUUGCUCCAAGGUUUAGAAGAUAACGUAUCAUGAAGGCUCCGAGUUGUGAGAAUUAUGAAUCAGAUGGCUAAUAAUUUGUGUUGUGUCGGUAACUUCAAUUUAUAUUAGGCGACCGAAGAGGGUCGUACCUGCUGUAUUGGGUGUUACUUGAUUGUACUCUGUUAUUUGUCAGUACUUGUUAGGACUUACAAUUGUCUAAUUUGUUUCGUGCUGCUUAAUUGUGCUGUGGAUUCUCUCCCACAGGGGGAAAGGGUGUGUCCAAGCAGCAGCAGUUUAAUUAAGAUCGAGGAUUUUAGCUCAAAGAUCUGCUCAUUGUGAUGCCUUAGCCUGUGUUGCAGCCAUUGUUGAUGAUUAAAUUUGACGGGAUCGGACGAAGAGGACAUUGCCCAUACGGGCCCAAGGUAAUUUGUACCCGCACAUGGAGCCUCCUCUAGUGUCAACUUUCCUCCUUUUUCUUAUUUUACUGUUAAAUUCAAACUCUAUUUGAUUGUCCGAUGAAGAAUUGCUCA